CGGAACGGAGGCAGCGGAGGAGAAAACGAGAAGACCGUGCGGAGGCCCGCGUCGUGUCCGCCGAGAAGCCACUCGAGUCGAGUGAACCAACCAUCCAACCGGCGGGGAGAACCAGGGACCCCCUCACCCUCAACUCUCGCCGGCGCCGCUCUCCCCUCCCCCGAUGGCCGCCGCGACGAUGCGGGCCGUGCAGUACGACGCCUGCGGCGGGGGCGCCGCCGACCUCAAGCUUGUGGAACUUCCCGUCCCUGCGGCAAAGAAGAAUGAGCUUCUGUUGAAGCUGGAGGCAGCAAGCAUCAAUCCGGUGGACUGGAAGCUACAGAAAGGGAUGCUACGCCCUAUCCUGCCUCGCAAACUGCCUUUUAUCCCAGUGACUGAUGUGGCAGGAGUUGUGGUUGAUGUUGGUCCAGGAGUCAAUGGAUUCCAGGCUGGAGAUCAAGUUGUUGCCAUGCUGAACUCAUUUUAUGGAGGUGGACUUGCGGAGUACGCUGUGGCAUCUGAAAAUCUGACCGUCAAGAGGCCUCCUGAGGUGUCCGCUGCUGAAGGCGCAGGGCUGCCCAUCGCUGCUGGCACUGCGCUCCAGGCUUUGAGGACCAUUGGCGCCAAGUUCGACGGAACUGGGGAGCCCUUAAAUGUGCUGAUCACCGCUGCAUCCGGUGGUGUCGGGCUCUAUGCUGUGCAGCUCGCAAAGCUGGCAGGUCUCCACAUCACUGCCACCUGUGGCGCGCGCAAUGUGGAGCUGGUGAAGAGCCUUGGCGCGGACGAGGUGCUCGACUACAGGACGCCGGAGGGCGCCAGCCUGCAGAGCCCGUCAGGGAAGAAGUACAAUGGCGUCGUCCACUGCACAGUCGGGAUAAGCUGGUCGAUGUUCGAGCCUGUGCUCGCCAACACCGGUAGGGUGAUUGACAUCACCCCGAACUUCACAGCCAUCCUCAAGUCGGCGCUGCACAAGGUGACGUUUGCCAGGAAGCGGCUGGUGCCCCUGCUCCUGUCUCCCAACAAGGCUGACCUGGAGUUCCUGGUCGGGCUGCUGAAGGGCGGCAAGAUGAAGACGCUGAUCGACUCAAGGUUCUCUCUGAGCGAAGCCAGCAAGGCUUGGGAGAAGAGCAUCGAGGGCCACGCCACAGGCAAGAUCAUCGUCGAGAUGGAAGGCUGAUCCGCCAUUAACAAAAGCAGGGAGACGCAAGGUAGCUGGCUAUAGACAUACAGCGUUGACGGACAAGUAGUAGCAGGGUGUCUGGGUAUGGCUUCGUCGUACAGAAGAAUAUUGGUGAGGAACUGAGGAUAGAUGUUUAUAGGAUUGUGCUUUUUCCUUGUUUUCGAUUGUGAGGUUCUUGAGUAGGUUGGGGGUUUGUGGAUUUGCACCGUUGAUCAGUAAAGUGGCAUCGUAGUAUUUCGUAGAACAUGUUCCGGUCGACCAGUAGACUUGCUCUUUUUGGGCGUUACAUUUAACUUUCUGGUAGAUAUGUUGUAUAUAGUUGGCACGGCACGACAUACAUGGUGCCUUAAAUAAAAUUUGCGCUUGUGAACAAAA